CUUUCGCUCCGUAGAGUAAUCACUAUAAAUACAAGUGAUUUUUGUUCGAGUUUACAUUGCCUCACAGUCCGCUCAGCGGGGCCUACCUACCCCUCGCCUAAACCAAAAUAUAUCAAACAUUUGUGAAAGUAUUGGAAGUUCGACUGUAGCCAAAAUGAAGACCUUUUCAGCUGUAUUAUUAUGUAUGGGCACACUCUCCCUCGCCGCAGCAGCGCCCGUCGCCCGCGACAGCUCCCCCGUCGAAUAUGAAUACGACUACGACCACUCAGCUCAGCAGCAGCAACAACCAGCUCAGGAACCACAGGAGUCAGCCAGCCACUACGACGCAUACAUCCAGGACGUUAAAGCAGCAGCCAGCGGCGGCAACGGCGGCAAGAAGGGCUUCAGUCAAGGCAGUGGUCUCAGAACCAUCGCUCAAGGAUCAGCCAACCAAGCUAAAACUGCUCUAGGAAACCAGGCCGCCGCUGGUUACCAAGCUGCUUACGUCGCCAAGAAUACCCUUGCUCAAUCUGCUGCCCAAGCCAGUGCGACUGCUCAGGCAGCUUUAGCCGGUAAACAGGUGAUCCUGUCGGGCUUGGAGCAGCAGGUCAGAGAUGCGAAGGUUGGACUCCAGGGUGAAGAGAUGCAGCUGCAGCAGGCUAAGAGAGCGGCUCAGGCUGCCGCGAACGCUGCCCAGCAAGCUAUGCAUCAGGUGAACGUAAUCCAAGCCGCCUUGAACGCUGCGCAAGCGACAUCAGAAAACGCCAACGAGGCCGCCUCCCAGGCUGCAGGUGAGCUCGGAGCGCAGACCGCCAUGGUGGGAGCCGCCAGACAGAGGCUGCACGCACUCCAGGAGCAGCUCCAUGGAGUCAGGAUCGACUUCGAGGCUACUCAGGCGGCGGCAAGAAAGGCUCAGGCGGCAGCACAGCAAGCCCAGGCUAACGCAGCGGCUGCUGCAGCGAAGGCAGCAGCCGCCGGCCUCGGGGGACAGAAGGACUCGUCUCACGAAGAGUGGGCCAGCUCCGACCAGGACCCUAUUCAAGUGACCAGCGACCAACCCUUGCACAUCCAUGAAGAACCCGAACAGUUCAUCCCAGAACCCGAACCAUCUCACGCUAUCAUUGAAACCAUUGAAACCAACGCAUUCACACCAAAACCGCCCUCAUUCAGCCAAUCACCGCAUACGAAACCAAACCAGAUCGAACUAGAUAAAUCCGUAGAAUUCCAGUACCAGCCAUUCCAAUCCGCUGUCAGCCAGUUUACGUUCAAACCUAUUUCGACUAAGCCUGCAAAGCUAGUCGCUAAACAAGUUAAUAAUUAUGCAGCUAAUAAUGUAAAAUUAGCCGUUAAGCCCGCCAUUGCUAAGCCUACUAAAGUAGUUGCUAAACCUACCCAAGUAGUGAGUAAGCUUACCCAGUUAGUAAGUAAGCCUACCCAGUUAGUAAAUAAGCCAACUAAGGUAGUUCUUACGAAAUCGAAAGGAAAUAUAUUCCAAGAUGCUUACGUUAAUUUAGAUAGUUUUAACAAGGCCAACAGUCAGACUUAUGCGAAGCAAUUUGGAUUUUAUGGAUGGUAGUAGAAGAAAAUUAUAAGAGCACCAGCGAAAGAAGAGCAGAAGGCGGCUGAGCCCGAGGAAGAAGAGGAGGCCGAGGAAGAAGAAGAAGAAGAAGAGGAGGAUUGCGAAGAAGAGAAAAAGAAGAAAUAGAAAAACCAAAUAGUU